AUGUCAAAAGAAGAAGAACCUUCACAAAGAGUAUUGGAAAUUUAUGCAAGGCUCAAACGUAUUAAAGAUGAACUUCGCCCCCGCAAAGGGCGUAUGCUAAGAAAUGAUGAAGUCCCAGACCACAUUAAAAAAGAAGUUUGCGAUAUCUACAAUGAGCAUGGCGGAAGGCAUAUUUUGAUACGAUUAUGCAAUAUAUCAUGGCACAACUUAAAGCAAUGAUAUUAUGACUGAAGAAAAGACCGAAAUUGCUUUGAUCAUGGCUAUAUCCCUUCUUCCAAACUAGGAUACCUCUGUAAAAAGGAAAAAAUGAAAAAUUUUAAAAAUAUCGGCGAAGAGCUUAUAGAAGAGUAUAUUAAGAAAAAGCAAAAAAAAAUUAAAAACGACAAUGCAGGAGUUAAAGAAGUGUUGUCAGCAGAUAUAUAGUGCAGGUCCCCAUUUAGAUUCUUUAAAAUAUAUCUCUCAAAGGAAAAAUAAUUUUUAAUUAUGCCAUUUUUCUUGGCAAGCCAAAACAAUUUGGCGAUUUGCCAAUUUUACUUUUGGUACGUUUAAAAAUUAUUUUUUUAAAUCCAUUUAUCCUUUGAGAACUUUCUUUAGUAAUCUAAAAGAGAUCAUGAGCUAUAGAAAAGAAGUUGGAGGUAAUCAAGGCUGAAAUUAGUAAUAGCACGGAUGGGAUUGAUCCAAAGAUAAAAUUGAAUAUUGUAAAAUUGGCAGAGAGAGUAGGUCAAGUUAAGCCUAUAGCGCAAGCGCUGGGGCUGAGUGAGUAUUUGGUGUCUGGGUGGAAGGAAACAUUUUCUGAAGAUGCUGAGGAAUUAUAA